CGCUUGUUGGUUGUACUUGUACCUAGUAUGUGCGGCUACUGCAUGAUUAGAAGAUAGCGCAAAAAUUCACAGGAUAUACAGAAAGGUGCGGAGGAAGCAAAGAAGACGGGAAUGCAUCCCUACACUUUGUAGUCCAAUGAACUGCAAAAGUGAAACUGAACCACAUGACUGAACUAGAUAGACUACAAAAUAAUGAUGAUAGUGACUUCGUCGUCUAGCUUACAGAAUAACGUUGGGACAUGUUCAGUCGUCUGGGCAAGUCUGAACAUUGUGGGUGGUAGGUGCUGUGUGGUUUCGUCCUUCGUGUCGCAGCAGAGCACCGGGGUUUGUUGACAGCGGCAGUGCAGUGCACGGAGCACUGCAGUUCUCCUACUUGAGCGUCGUCCCAGGAAGAAGAACCUCCGAUGGCUUCGAUGCGACGAGCGGCUUGGUUCACCGGCAUGCGCGUCUGCGCGCGCUGGGCCAGUAGUGACAGCAGUCACUCAUCAGCAAGUGGCCAGCGGCAGCGCACCUUCAAGAAAGUGGAGUCUAAUUCAUUCCUGGCAAAUCUUUUCAUGGGAGAGGCAAACUUGGCACAGAUAUUUCCCUUCCCAGAAGUUCUGACAGCUGACCAAACAGAGACGCUGGGGAUGCUAUUGGACCCCCUCAACAAGUUCCUUAUGGAGGUGAACAAUGCCGAUGCGAAUGAUGCCAACGGACGUAUCGCAGACGAGUCGAUGCAGGCGCUAAAGGCAAUGGGUGGCUUCGGCAUGCAGGUGCCUCCCGAGCUGGGAGGCAUCGGGGCUACCAACAGCCAGACAGCCCGCCUCAGUGAGACCAUUGGCGAGUACGACCUGGCACUUGGCAUCACGCUGGGGGCACACCAGUCUAUCGGCUUCAAAGGCAUCCUCUUGUUUGGCACCGAUGAGCAGAAGCGCAGGUACCUGCCUGGCCUGGCAGCUGGCGAGCAGCUGGCUGCCUACUGUCUCACCGAGCCCGACAGUGGAUCAGACGCCAUGUCUAUCAAGACCCGAGCUGAACUCUCGCCAGAUGGAAAACACUACGUUCUCAAUGGUGGCAAAAUCUGGAUCAGCAAUGGUGGCAUCGCUGAUAUCUUCACGGUAUUUGCCAAGACCCCAGUGAAACUAGACUCAGGGGAGGUGCGUGAUCGCAUGACUGCCUUCAUUGUGGAGCGCUCUUUUGGAGGUGUCACCUCAGGACCUCCAGAGAAGAAAAUGGGCAUAAAGGCAUCCAACACAGCAGCCGUCUACUUCGACAACACUCCAGUGCCUGUCGAGAACAUACUUGGAAGUGUAGGUGAUGGCUUCAAGGUGGCCAUGCAGAUUCUUAACAAUGGCCGGUUUGGCAUGUCAGCUGUGUUAUGUGGCACCAUGCGCACAGCCAUCGCCAAAUCGGUGACCCAUGCCACCACACGCACACAGUUUGGGAGCCGGUUAGCAGCCUUUGGCAACAUCCAGGAGAAGCUGGCCAGCAUGGCAGCGCGCCUGUACACGGCAGAAUCGCUUACCUACCUGCUGUCGGGAAACAUGGAUCGUGGCUUUACAGAUUACCAUCUCGAGGCAGCAAGCACCAAGGUGACUGCUUCCGAGUGUGCCUGGUAUGUGACAGAUGAGGCAAUCCAGAUCCACGGGGGCAUGGGUUUCAUGCGUGAUGGAGGCCUAGAGCGGUGCCUGCGAGACCUUCGCAUAUUUCGUAUUUUCGAGGGAGCCAAUGACAUCCUGCGGCUUUUUGUUGCUCUGCAAGGGCUGCAGUACGCCGGUGGCCACUUGCGUGAGCUGCGGCGUGCCUUGCGCAACCCUGCUGCGCACCUGGGCCUCCUGUUUGACCAGGGCUCUAAGAGGGUGCGACGUGCCGUGGGCCUGGGUUCGGCCGCACCCACCUUGCAGCAGCAUGUGCACACUCGUCUCGCUGGCCCAACUGCACUUGUGUCACGCUGUAUCGAGCUGUGUGGGGGCGCUGUCGAGCAUCUCCUCAUCAAGUACGGCCGUAACAUCAUUGACGAGCAGUUCCUGUUGAUUCGGCUGGCCUACAGUGCCAUAGACGUGUAUGCCAUGGUGGCGGUGUUGUCCCGAGCGAGCCGUGCCUUGGAGAAGUCGCUACCCUCGGCUGAGCACGAGGCCCUGCUGGCCCAGCUCAUUUGCAGCGAGGCCAGUGAGCGUGUGCAGGCCAAUUUGGGGGCUCUGCGAUCAGCUGAGAAGCAGGCCAAUUUCGCCACAAUGCGUGCCGUGGCCGAAAGCAUGUGCGAAGCGGGGGGUGCUGUGCCCCUCAAUCCACUGGGAGUCUAAUGGUGGCUCCGAAGAAUACGCGUUUAUGGUACCAAGGCCAUGUGGCGACGAUUGCCAUUUGGCUCAAUUCUGAUCAACUGAUGAUAAAGCUAUUUCCAAUCGCAGAUUGCAGUAUGAGAACUGUGUCUGUGGUUUCAUUUGCCUUGUGAUAGAUGAAAGGGAACACUAUUAUCUGCCAAGUGGAGCAAAAGGAUGAUUCAAGUAAUCGACUCUCGUUUAGUACUGUUUGGAAUACCCUCCUAUUAUUUCAGUAGCCCUGCAGUUGGAAGCCAUCUGGGCAGUCAAAAUACAUUCGGUUUACACAGCUGAAAAGACUAGUUUAGAUCCUCUACACUGGCCUGACUUCUACAUGUCAUUCUACGCCAAAUGUCCCAGCCUUUCUGGCUACCAUAUCAACUGUAUACCAAGAAUAUUGUACUUGUUUACUGCAUUGGAAACAGUGAAGUCCUGGAAUGUUUCAGACAAGAAAAUAUUACUGUCACAUGGAAGCCAUAUAUUGCAGAAUCUUGUCUGAUUGAUAUUCGUGAAAAAGAACAUCGUUGCUUAUGCCAAAACCAAGUUUGUCAAGCAAAAAUAUGGCAGCAUGCAGUUUUUUGCACUGUGUAGUACUACUCAGCUUAGAGCACUUGCUCUAAACACACUUUUACAGUUCAGUAAAAGUGGCAUCAUUUUUCUGCCAUACACACCUGUAAAAAUUUUACCCUGUGCAUCUAUUUCUCUCUCUUAAUACUGUGCUAUGUGUGAGUAUCUGAGUAAUUUGCCCUGCGGUGUCGUUUUAUUUUUUGUUUUUGGUUUUUAGUUUUUAUUUUGUGUGUGGGGUUGGUAAUCGCAUUCUAUGGUUGAGUAUUAUUAAGAGUGUGGCCGUUUGUUUCAAGAAUAACAUGAAGCCGUUAAUGAAAAAGCAGAGUGGAAAAAAUUACAUGAAGUGAAGCACUCAAUAAGGGCUUACUUAACAUAUAAAGACACUUUAACAACACCCAAGACUUACUUCAAAAAAUUAGGCUAAAUGUUACAGUUUGCAUGCGGCUGAGCGAUAAAAUACCAUAUUUACUUGAGUCUAGGCAGACCCCGAUUCUAAGCGCAAACCAACGAGACACAAGAGAAGAGACAAACAAGCGCAGACUGAAACUCAGUUUAUUCAGAGAAUAAAUUAUAUACCAGAAAGAAGAGAAAGGAAAAAAACUGUGGGAAAGGGUCCACCAUGAUCAGGUGUCAUCCAGAAACGAGAUUUCACAAUCUAACAGUGAUAUAGAGGGUGAACUAACACAACUAUCAAUAUUCUUUUUAAUAAAAAAGGCUUCCACAAUCUCUCUAGUUUUCGUGUCAUGAUGGCUGUAUAAGACAAAUGUGUGCGAAAAUUUAGGUACGCAGCCACACUUAUUGCAAUGGGCGGACAAAUGUAAACCCGGGGCUCAAUUCAGCUUAUUGUAGUGUUCUCGCAGGCGAACAUUCAAGCAGCGCCCAUCUGCCCAAUAUAUAACCUGCCGCAAGACAGUGGAAUACAAUAAACGACAUUAGAUCGACAAUUGGUGAAAGAAUUGAUAUGCUUGAUACACAACCUUUCUUUACAAGACCUGCCUUCAUUCUGCUUUGUAAGUCAAUUAUAGAACACAUUUGCUGCAGUUUUUCACUUGCGGAAAACACAACGUCGAGGUUAAAUUUUUUUGCACAUUUUUUUUAUUUCAUGCGAAAAGUCGUGCACAUAUGGGACUACCGCAAACUUACGUCGUUUAUCUGCCUCCUUUAAGGGGCAUCCCUUCUCUUUUUUCAUACGCAGUACCUUCUGAGCGGCGAAAAUGAGGACAUUGGACGGAAAGCCUGCCUCUCGCAACCUAAUUAUUUGAUUAGAAAAAACACAUGCCAUUUUGUGGAAACAUAGUUUCGUUGAGAAGGUGAAUCGCGAUACCCGAUUUGACUACUUUAGAAUGCGAAGAAGAGUAGUCCAAGAUUGGUUUCUUUGAAUGGGGAGAGUAGGACCAGCAUAGGUGAUCUGCGCGAAAAGAUAACUCAAGAUCUAGAAACUGCAAUAUCUUAUCAUAGGGAACCUCGUGGGUGAAACGUAAUGCAUGCUCAUUUUUUUCGAAGUUUUCAAUAAUCUUGUCCCGGUUUUUAUCCAAGGAAGGUGAAUGAACGAGCACAAGGUAAUCGUCCACAUAUCUGAAGACAUUAAUUACGAGGCUGCUUAGUGCCGUUUGCAAAUCCCUAUCAAAAUAGCUUAAGAAUAUGUCGCACAGGAUUGGUGCUACACAAGAGCCGAUACAAAUGCCAGACUUCCGCACGUAAUACUUAUCGCCCUAUAAUACAAGAGUAGAAUUCACAUAAAAAAAAAAGAGUAGUUCCAUGAAGCUCUCAACCGACAUCCUACAUUUGUUUACGAAUGAAAGUUCGUCAUUUUCCUGCGUGAUACAUUUUUUUACACACUUCAUGAGCUCAGGGUAACAGAGUAAAACAAAUCGACAACGUCGAUACUAAAACCACUGCUGUUAGACAAUUUUUUGGUUGCUAAGAAGUCAACAACCUGGUUUGAACCCUCUACCAGAAAAGGGUCCCUAAAAUUCAAGGCAGACAAGUAAAACUGGAGGAACGUUGAAACUUCAUGCUGCCAUGUGCUUCGUUCCGUAAUAAUUGUUCGAACGGGGAUGUCUAGUUUAUGGGUUUUUGCUGAAAAAAAAAAAAGGUUCUAAUGCGAUUUUUUUCGCUCUUUUCACUGAAGACGCGAGUCGGCACAUGUCGCUAGCUUCCAGCAAAGCAAUGGCUCGCUUCUUAACUUCAACUGGUUUAUCAGAAACUUCUCUAAAGUUUCUGCCAACUUGUAAAAUUAUUUUACUGCUACAAAUUAAAAUACGAUAAAAUAAAUGCUGGUUAUUUGGAUUUUAGUGAGGUACAAAUUAAAAUGUUUUUAAUGUGCACACCUCAGUGUAGUCCAAAAUGCUUAUUUUCAUAGAUUUGCCCCUCCCCCCUCUUUUUCCUUGAAUUUCUCAAACUUCAGUGGCCAAAAAUAUUUUUUUAUUGAGUAAGUAUGGAUUAUUCAGACAUCGAGUUCAGGCACAGUGCAGUACAAUGCUACAAGAGCAAACAAAAACAGUGUAUUGUGGCAGAAUUUCGGGAGGUGUAUAUGGCAAUAAAGUUGGAAGAAUGAAUCUUUCAGAACUUCAGACAUGUCAAGCAAGUGUGUUUGCUUACCGUGUAGACAAAAUAUGGUUUUGGCACUGAAACAGUGUUCUCAGAAUUGAUUUUCUGAAUGACAUCACUUAGGCAACAUUCUGGAGACUUGAAAAGGCAUGUUCAAUCAUUGGUCCACAUGAAAUAAUGUGGCGAUUACAUUUUUCCAGUGCUAUAAACAAGCACAGUUUUGUUCCAGGGCAAUUAAGGUGGCCGCCAAACCGUCAAGAGCAUUUGUCACGUAAUGAAUGAGCUCCUCGGGAGAUACGUGAGCUGCCACAUUUUUUUUAUGUGCCCUCAAUACUCCAGUUCCUGUGACACAACGUCCAACCAAGUUCGAAAUCUGCAAGUGUUUUAAAUAUCAGGCUGGCUGGUAAAAACAAAUUCGGAGAAAUUCAUGUGCUCAGCCAUGUCUUCUCUACGCCCAUUCGUUUUUAGGAGAAAUGAACUAAAACUGGCCCAAUCUUUGAAAAUUGGUACUGUUUGCAUGUCUAAAUAAACAAAAAGGCAAAGACAUGUUUUUCCACUUUAAACAAACAGCUUUGUGUGUCCUCAUAGUUUACUUAAAUGUAACAGUGCCUUAACAUUGCCAGUUUCACUUGCACUUAAGUUUGUAUUGUGUGGAAAGCAAUUUUCCGUGCCGCUUUUCGUGACAGGCGUGGCAUGUAUGACCUCCCCCUUUAGAUUCUUUUGGGUCAUCUGAACACUGCGCACACAUGCAGUGGCCAAAUUUGUGUAAUAUAUCUGUAGAUAGUUCCUGCUUCUUCUGUCCACACUACUUUUUCCUGCGUUUGUGCAACUGUCACUGUGUUCACUUUUUCAAUUCUUCAAAUCAAAAGAACAAUGAAGCUGUGAGGGGAAUCAUGUCGUGGCCCGCCUUCGAUCCUGCUUGGUGUCGGCAUCAGAGGUGCAUCAGAGUUGUUAUAGGAGACAUCCUUAGCAUUUGUAAUUUGCAUGUGCAGCAUUUGAAAGCCGCAGAAGAAUUCCCUGUUCAACAGAGGCCCCUUUUAAGAGCGUCACAUUAAGUGAAUUCUCGUGCUUUCGGCUGCUGUGUCUUCAGCUUUUAUGUAGAGGGAAAUGUAAAAUAAAAAUUAAUGUCCUCCUGCAAAAUCAGUUGAUUGAACAUAAAUUUCUCCUGUGCUUCAGUGUUUCUAGGCUAAUAACAUGACAAUGUAGAGUCUUAUCAGUUUACAAGAAUUUUAUGCAAAUUUUUUUAUGAUCGGCAUUGCCAUUUUGGAAAAAAUAGCAACACUGUGUUACUUUGUUCAUUUUUUCAGCUCGCUCAAAGAUUCAAUCAUACAGUGCAUUUUUAGUUUCUGUGCCGCUCAAUUUGUUCAUCUUGGCUUUGCAGGACCAUGAGAUAUGGGCGCUAUCUUCAGGUGGCUGGGCACUUUGGCAUUACAACUGUAGUAAAAAAGAGAAGGGAGGGGGGUUCACAUGCGCAUUAUUUUGAUGUUACUAAUGUUUGCUCUUGGUUAUAGUUUUUUUUUUUAUGUACUCCACUGCCCUCUGUGAAGCUAUGUGCGAGUGAGGGUAAAUAAAUACAAAUACAAAUACAUCACCUCUGAGCUGGUAUGCAUCCACAGUUUUGUAUUUUUUGUCACAAUGUGUUGUGACCAUCCUACUUGUGAUUGUACUUCACAGAUUAGCACUUUCAUUGCCCUCACACUGGAGUUUUGCUUACAUCUCUGUCUCAUAGUUUGCUGCUCAUGCGUAGGAAUGCAUGCAAAUAGUUGGGUUACCUCAUGCAGUUCUCAGCAUAUUUUGUUACAGGUGUUUUUGCAAUGUGUGGAGGACUGGUCUAGAUGUGCACAUAUCCUGUGAUUAUUUUUGUAUUGAGAGCUGAAUAAAAUGAGAUUUUAUUACUCUA